AUUCAGCUGAUGGCACGGAGUUAUCUCUUGAAAAACGUAGUCGAGGAUGCCUCAUCAUCAUGUUCCCGUGUUCUCGUAUGCGAAGUGUUUGUGCCAACAUUCAACGGGCCAUUAAAGGCGGCAAACCAACACGUCUACAUCGCAUCACGGACAGAAUAGCCAUAAAUAAUAACACACGUCUCUCUAUAUGCGCAGGCAAAAAAUGUGCCCAGUAUCCGUUUGCUUCAACCAAACAAGGUACGGCGUAUCCGCAUUAAAGAAAUUAUAUCCACACAGCAGAGGCGAAUCACAGGUUUCUUUAUUAGAGUAGAGAGCAUAUUGGAAAGGUGUCUUCAUGCAGAGAUGUCUGUAUUAUAGAGAGGUUUCUGUGUUAGAGAGGUUUCUGUUUUAGAGAGGUUUCUGUUUUAGAGAGGUUUCUGUAUUAGAGAGGUUUCUGUAUAUUAGAGAGGUUUCUGUAUUAGAGAGGUUUCUGUGUUAGAGAGGUUUCUGUGUUAGAGAGGUGUCCGGAACAAAGAGGUGCCGGUCUGCAUUCGAGAACUACCGAUUAGCUGUGAUUUUUGCAUAGCAAUAACUCUGCAAAGCCUUGCUUGGGAAGGAAUAUCUGUGUGCGUGUCUAUAUUAUAGAGAUAUCCAUAUUUACGAGGCACUCAAAUCAGGAAGGUUUCUGUAUUAGAUUGCGUUCGUAUGAGAGAGGUUUCUGUAUUAGAGAGGUGUCUGUAUUAGUUGGAGAAGUCUCCGUAUAAGAAAGGUGUCCAGCUGGAAUGCUGGAUAACAGAGAUGUCAGUGUCAGUAUCAGAGGGGUGUACAUAUUUUUGAAAUGUGUGUCUGUGUUAGAGAGGUGUUUGAAUUAAAUGGAGAUGUCUCCGAAUAAGAAAGAUGUCUGGAUAACAGAGAUGUGUUAGCAUCUGAGGGGUGUACAUAUUGGAAAUCUGUGUCUGUUUCAGCGAGGUGUCGGUGGUGCAGAAAUGAACGUAUUACAAUGGCGUGUCUGUAUUAGAGCGGUACCCGUAUAAGAGAGAUUUCUGUAUUAGAGAGGUGUUCGUAGUGAAGAGACGUACUAGAAAGGUGUGUCUGUAUUAGAACGGUACCCAUAUUAGAGAGUUCUUAACCAUGAACAUUUUCUUCAUUUUUCCAGGUGGAAAAGGUGCUUUUGUAAAGCCUGUCACAAGGGGUGAAAUUUUUUUACAACGUGUUAUGUUGGUCCGUUUUUAUAGAAAAUAUUCGAUUGGGAAUGGUGGCUGUUUCGACGUCAAACUUGGUAAAUAAAUCUUCCUUUAGCCCUUAUACUCUGAGAUAAUAUUUCGCCUCAAAUCCCCUUUAGUCGCUCCGAUCCUCCUUAAAUCAUGCAUAUCACUCGCUUUGUAUUGAUUGUCUUAUAUUGCAAAACUUACUGUUUUAACGGACUAUUUCCAAUACGGAUGGACGCGAAUGUUGUCAAUAGCUUGAUGAGAACAUUGAUUUCGUAUUCUUCAACAACUUAAAAUAAUUCUUCGUAUGUUUGCAUGGUGAUAAAAUACAAUAGUUUUGUUGGUGGAAACAUCACGUAAAUUUAUUACUGCAAAGCUUUCGAUCCGUAAGCCCGGAUCUUCAUCAGUGCUAAUAAUAUGUGACUUGUUUAAUUCACACGCUCGUUUUUGUACUAUUUAAAAAACGAACAGGAGUGUUUUAUUAGGUUUAAAGCCACGAGCGCGCAGCGCGAGUGGCUUUAGACCUAAUAAAACACGACCUGCGAGUUUUUUAAAUGGCUUCAAAAACGUUUGCAUAAUAAGUCAAAUCUUUAUAUAAAAAUCUUUAUAUAAAAAUCUUUAUACAAAAAUCUUUAUAUAAAAAUCUUUAUAUAGUUUGCAUAACAAUGGUCUUUUGUUAAAGAGUUCUUUAGCUGGUAUAAAGACAUAUGCACGUGACUCAUUUCUUACUCAAGAUUGGAUAAUUGCUUCAUGAAUUAUUAAUGAGUUUUUGAAAUAUACUUCAAAAACUCAUUAAUAAUUCAGGAGCAAAACACAAAGAAAAAUCAUAAGCGUGUCGUGGUUUUACAUGUGAUAAAAAAUCACGUUAAUUUACAUAAACUUUAGCUUUGAUUUUCUCGGUUUAGACAAAGUUUAUUUUAAAAAUUACUUCGCCAAUGAACUCGUAUAAGAUGAGUCGUUUUUGAAGCUAUUUAAAGCACUUGUAGUCGUGUUUUAUCACAUAUAAAACACUCCGCUACGCGUCGUGUUUUAUAUGUGAUAAAACACUCCUACGCGUGCUUUAAAUAGUACAAAAGUGUCGUGAUCUGUUGGCUCGCGUCAUUUGAAAAAGACAAAAUGUUCUUUCUCAUAACAGAGAUGUGUCAGUAUCAGAAGGGUGUACAUAUUUUGAAAUGUGUGUCCGUAUUAGAGAGGUGUUUGAAUUAGAUGGAGAAGUCUCCGAAUAAGAAAGAUGUCUGGAUAACAGAGAUGUGUUAGCAUCUGAGGGGUGUACAUAUUAGAAAUGUACUAUUAUUAGUAAUGUACAUAUUAGAAAUGUAGUCUGAGGGGUGUACAUAUUAGAAAUUUCUUGCAUCAUUUGAAAAAGACACAUUUCUGUUCAUUUCGCGUCAUGUGCAAAAUUAAUUUCUCUUGUCUUGGAUGCGCGCGCGUUAAUUGGAAUCACUUCACUACGUUUGAAAUGACGUGGUUGAUGUGCCGUUUAAUUAAAUUUCAAGUGACGACACUUUUGUAUAUAAAUAGAGCGUGUGAAUUAAACAAGUCACAUAUUAUUAGCACUGAUGAAGAUCCGGGCUUACGGAUCGAAAGCUUUGCAGUAAUAAAUUUACGUGGUGUUUCCACAAACAAAACUAUUAUAACUUAAAAUAGAUUAUUAUAUAAUAACUACAGUGAAACACGCAAUUUGAUUGGUCAAUAGCCGUGCAGGAUCAGGCCAACCUAGUGCACGAGCAAUUAAAAUGCCAGUUCGCGGGAUUUUCACGAGAUUCUCAAAAUGUCAUUGUUUCACUGUAGUUAUAUUUUAUAAAACAAUUACCGAAUGGUUUUCCAAGCAGUAUAGCGUGAUCCAUGCACUUGGGAUGUUGCUCGAGAUCUUCAAAAAUGUUUAAAACAAAAGUAGAAAAAAGGUUAACAAAAGUAAAAAAAAUAUAUAAAAAAGUUAGAUUUUCAAAAAAAGUUUAAAAAGUUAGAUUAAGGGUUAGGGUUGGGGUUAGGGGUUAGCAUUAGGGGUUAGGGGUUAGGUGCCGCGAAUUUAUCAUAUUGAUAAAUUCGCACGUGUUUAACAAUUUACUCAUAGAGUAAAUUCAAAGCUGGAGCUCAUGCUGGAUUUUGUAUCAGAUGUACAAACUCCUUCACGGUCAUGACUUCUUUUGUGUUUUCUUCAUGAAUUAUCAAUGAGUUUCACAAUUUUCAUUAAAAUACAUUUCAACUUUCUAAGCCAUAUUUUACAAGUUAAUCUUGCACUUGUAGAAUUUUUCUUUUGUUAAAGAACGAACAGAAUAGUUGUUGAAUGAAAUAAACAUAAAGUUUUGUCCUUUUUAACACUUGGAGAAAUUAAUAAGAAAUUUCUUGAAUUUCUUGGGAAAGAUUUUUGCUUCAUGUUAGGCUGGGAAGUAAAUUCUGUAAAUUUCUGCGACAAUGCGUUUUUAAUGUUCGACCGAUUUCGAAAUUUAAUGUUUCCUCAACAAAGAUUCCCAAUUUGAAGGGUGGUGUUUCAAAUGCCGUUGUUUUAACUUUAAGGUUGCAGAAAGAAGAACACCGUUGAGUGUUAAUUUUGCGCGCCUAAAUUUUUGUAUUGUUUUCCAUGAAAACAUUAGACUAGUUCCACUAUCUGACCAAGGUUGCACGAAAAAUGUUGAAAACUCGGAGAGUUAUUUAAUAAAACACAUUUCGCUGCAAUAAGAAAAACAUUGAAAAUGUAAUAUUCAAAUUCAAUUUUCUCCCGAAGAAUUUUACGACAAUUACUGAUUUUCAAACGAGUUGUUCUCCUGCGGGUUUUAACGAACUUUUCUCAAACUUUCACAGGACAUAGCCAAAGACGUCAAUUUCAAAAUUGCCAUGUUCGGCUUUUUCCCAAUUUUGGAUAUUUUAAUAAUAAGGAGCAAUUCACCCAAACGAUUCAGAAAUAUAUUGCAGUCGUCAAAGAAAUCGCCAUAUCAGCGGAAUGACGAAGUAAACAAAUAUUUCCGAACACAUUUUUUAAAACAACUAUUUUACUGUAUAAAAAUGAUAUUUUCAUAAAUAUAUCUUAAAACUAGCAGGAAAACAACUCGAAAGCGUAAAGGUACCGCGAUUUAAGAUUUUCCUGAAUAAUUCUUACAUUAUUUUAUUGUUUGUCAAUUUUACAACUUUACUAUCCAUAUUUUACAUGCACUGGCGAACAUUUGGUGAAAAUUUGAUGAAAAUCGAACUGAUAUUGAGCGCGCAGUUGCGAUUUUCCGCAAAACGCCAAAAUGGUGUCCUGUAACUUUAAUUGCCCCACUAAAAGCCAAGAAGAAUAUAUUCUUACAUCUGUUUAACUUGUCAAUUCGGCAUCAGACGGACUAGCAAGAAAAUAUCAGAUAAGAUUAGCUCCCAAAACGGAAGAACCAUUGCCACUAUUCUAUCUGGUUCGUCGUCGAUAGUAAGCAACUCAUUAUCAACAAUAAUUAAGUGACUCGUUAUGAUUUAUAUUUAAAAAAAUCAUCAAUGUUUGCAAAUCGGAUAAAGAUUUGUCCUGAUUUACAUAACUUCAGCUUUAUUUCGGCUUAGACAAUGUUUAUUUUUAAAAUUACUUCGUCAAUGAACUCAUAGGAUGGGUCGUAUAUCAGAUACAUAUCGGCUGCUCAUGUUUUAUCUAGUACUUAGAGUCACCCUGCCUCCUCCGCAGGCUCUUCUAUAUAUAGAUUAAAUUUAAAUAUCAGUAAUAUCUAGAUCGAUCAGUGGUUCGGUUAUGCGUGUGCAUUGCAAGCCCGAUAAAGACGCACGCCUCAGGCGCCCGCCCGCAACUAAGGACGAGCGCGCAAAGGAAAUGGGAAGACGAGAAAUUUCUCCCCUUCCCAUCUCUCCGCGUGCCAUUAGUAAUUUGAUUUCCCAUUAAUUAUUCUGAUUAUUCGUUUUCCUCUUAAUUAUUCGGGGGUUUUUUCGUUUUCCUCUUAAUUAUUUGUUUUUUCCUAAUUAAUUAUUUGUUAGCAACAGAGCCCCCACGAAGAUGCCCCACCAUCACGUUCCCGUGUUCUCGUAUGCGACGUGUUUGUGCCAACAUUCGACGGGCCAUUAAAGGCGGCAAACCAACACGUCUACAUCGCAUCACGGACAGCAGAGCCAUAAAUAAUAACACACGUCUCUCUAAAUGCCCAGGCAAAAAAUGUGCCCGGUAUCCGUUUGCUACAACCAAACAAGGUACGGAGUAUCCGCAUUAAAGAAAUUAUAUCCACACAGCAGAGGCGAAUCACAGGUUUCUUUAUUAGAGUAGUGAGCAUAUUGGAAAGGUGUCUUCAUGCAGAAAUGUCUGUAUUAGAGAGGUUUCUGUGUUAGAGAGGUUUCUGUGUUAGAGAGGUUUCUGUGUUAGAGAGGUUUCUGUGUUAGAGAGGUUUCUGUGUUAGAGAGGUGUCCGGAUCAAAGAGGUGUCUGCAUUAGAGAGCUACCCAUUAGGUGUGAGCUUUGCAUAGCAAUAACUCUGCAAAGUUUUUGCUUGGGAAGGAAUAUCUGCAUAUGUCUGUAUUGUAGAGAUAUCCAUAUUUAAGAGGUACCCAAAUCAGGAAGGUUUCUUUACUAGAGAAGUGUUCGUAUAAGAGAGGUGUCUGUAUUAACAGGUGUCUGUAUUAGAUGGAGAAGUCCCCGUAUAAGAAAGGUGUCUGGAUAACAGAGAUGUGUCAGCCUCAUAAGGCUGUAUAUAUUAGAAAUGUGUGUUUGUAUUAUAGAGAGGUGUCUGUAUUAGAUGGACAAGUCUCCGUAUAAGAAAGGUGUUUGGAUAACAAAGGGGUGUACAUGUACAUAUCAGAAAUGUGUGUCUGUAUUAGGAGUUGUGAGUAGUGAAGAAACGAACGGGGUACCCAUAUUAGAGAGUUCUUAACCAUGAAAAUUUUCUUCAUUUUUCCAGGCGGAAAAGGUGCUUUUGUAAAGCCUGUCCCAAGCCGUGAAAUUUAUUUACAACGUGCUGUGUUGGUCAGUUUUUAUAAAAGAAAAUCGAUUGGGAAUGGUGGCUGUUUCAACGUCAAACUUGGUAAAUAAAUCUUCCUUUAGGCCUUUUACUCUGAGGCAGUAUUUCGCUCCAAAUCCCCUUUAGUCGCUCCAACCAUCCUUAAAUCACAUAUCACUCGCUUUGUAUUGAUUGUCUUAUCUCACAAAACUUACUGUUUUAGUGUUUUAACGGACUAUUUGCAACACCGCGGACGAACACGAAUGUUGUAAAUGGCUUGAUGAGAAAAUUAUUUAAUUUCGUAUUGUUCAACCACUUAAAAUAGAUUACUAUAUAAUGACUACAGUGAAACAUGCAGUAUGAUUGGUCAAUAGCCGUGCAGGAUCAGGCCAACCUAGUGCACGAGGAAUUAAAAUGCCUUCGCGGGAUUUUCGCGAGAUUUUCAAAAUGUCAUUGUUUCACUGUAGUUAUAAUUAUAAAACAAUUACCAAAUGGUUUCCCAAGCAGUAUAGCGUGAUCCAUGCACUUGGGUUGUUGCUCGAGAUCUUAAUUCAAAAAAGUAAAAAAGGUUAACAAAAAUAAAAAAAAAAUAAAAAAUUUAGAUUUUCAAAAAAAAAAGUUUAAAAAGUUAGAUUAAGGUUAAGGGUAGGGGUUAGGGGUUAGCGUUAGGGGUUUGGUGCCGCGAAUUUAUCAUCAAUUGAUAAAUUCGGACAUGUUUAACAAUUUACUCAUAGAGUAAAUUCAAAGCUGGAGCUCAUACUGGAUUUUGUAUCAGAUGUACAAACUCCUUCACGGUCAUGAUUUCUUUUGGUUUUCUUCAUGAAUUAUCAAUGAGUUUCACAACUUUUGUUAAAAUACAUUUCAACUUUCUAAGCCAUAUUUUACGUUUCAAGUUAAUCUUGUACUUGUAGAAUUUUCUUUUGUUGAGGAACGAAACAGAAUAGUUGUUGAAUGAAAUAAACAUAAAGUUUUGUCCUUUUUAACAGUUGGAGAAACUAAUAUUUUUUGAAUUUCUUGGAAAAGGUUUUUGCUUCAUGUUAGGCUGGGAAGUAAAUUCUGUAAAUCUCUACGACAAUGCGUAUAUAAUGUUCGAGGAACAUCGAAAUUUAAUGUUUCCUCAACAAAGUUUCCUAAUUUGAAGGGUGAUGUUUCAAAUGCCGUCGUUUAAACUUUAAUCACCCACUAAAAGCCAAGAAGAAUAUAUUCUUCCAUCUGUUUUGUCAAUACGGACCAAUAUGGCAUCAGACAAUAGAUAUGCGCUAUCUAGUGUAUAUAAGAUAUCUAUGCAAUAGACGGACUAGCAAGAAAAUAUCAGGCAAGAGUAGUUCCCAAAACGGAAGAACCAUUGCCACUAUUCCGUCUGGUUCGUCGAUAGUAAGCAACUCAUUAGCAACAAUAAUUAAAUGGCUCGUUAUAUUUAUGUUUAGAGUCCCCUUGUCUCCUCCGCAGGCUCUUCUAUAUAUAGAUUAAAUUUAAAUAUCAGUAAACAUAUAGAUCAGUGGUUCUGUUAUGCGCGUGCAUUGCAAGCCAGCAAAAGACGCACGCCUCAGGCACACGCACCACAAUUAUGGACGGGAAAUGGGAAGACGAUUUCCUCAUUAAUUAUUCUGAUUAUUCGUUUUCCUCUUAAUUUUUCAGUUUUUUUCGUUUUCUUCUUAAUUUUCGUUUUUUCCCUAAUUAAUUAUUUCUUAGCAACAGAGCCUCCACCAAGAUGCCCCACCAUCACGUUCAUGUGUUCUCGUAUGUUACGUGUUUGUGCCAACAUUCGACGGGCCAUUAAAGGCGGCAAACCAACACGUCUACAUCGCAUCACGGACAGAAGUGCCAUCAAUAAUAACUUACGUCUCUCUAAGUGCGCAGCCAAAAAAUGUGCCCAGUAUCCGUUUGCUACAACCAAACAAGGUACGGAGUACUAAAGAAAUUAUAUCCACACAGGAGAGGCGAUCCGUAAUUCACAGGUUUCUUUAUUAGAGUAGUGACCAUAUAUUGGAAAGGUGUCCUCAUGGAGAGAUGUCCGUAUUAGAGAGGUUUCUGUACUAGAGAGGUAUUCGUAUUAAAGAGGUGUCUGGAUUAGAUUUUUGCAUAGCAAUAACUCUGCAAAGCGUCUUGCUUGGGAAGGAAUAUGUGUGUAUAUAUUAUAGCUAGAGAUAUCCAUAUUUAAGAGAUACCCAAAUUAGAAAGAUUUCUGUAUUAGGAAGUGUUCGUAUAAGAGAGGUGUCUGUAUUAGAGAGGUGUCUGUAUUAGAUGGAGAAGUCUCCGUAUAAGAAAGGUGUCUAGAUAACAGAGAUGUGUUAGCAUUAAAGGAGAUUACAUAUUAGAAAUGUAUGCCUGUAUUAGAGAGAUGUCCGCAGUGAAGAGACGAACGUAUUAGAAAGGUGUGUGUAUUUGAGUGGACCCGCAUUCUUGAUUAUUACGUUUGGUAUUCAGCCUUUCAGGGUAGUUCUUAACCAUAAACAUUUCCUUCAUUUUUCCAGGUGGAAAAGCUGCUUUUGUAAUUAAGCCUGUCACAAGGCGUGAAAUGUUUUUACAACGUGCUAUGUUGCGCAGCUUUUAUGAAAGACAUUCGAUUGGGAAUGGUGGCUGUUUCAACGUCAAACUUGGUAAAUAA